GAUAUUUCAUCAUUUAUUUUACAGAUCAUAGUUCCCCACACAUUUUGCGAGGGUGUCCAACCAAAUCAAUUAUACCAACUGAUAAGAGAUCGAUAUCCUCUAGUCAACUUGGUGACAGUCCAAAGGAGGCACUUCAACGAUGCAGUAGGUCGUCAACAUAUACAAACUCUGUGUGCUCCUCAGUAUAACGGCGUGUAUCUUCAAGUAGUGCACAAAUUCUACGCUGUAACUGCGGCGGCGGCUGUGCUGAAAUACGUUGAAUAUAUCCAAUGUAUAGUGUUCGCGAGGGAAUCUCUGAAGAUUGAAUAUCAUUCGUCUGAAAACACGAUGAUUAUAGAUGUUGGAACUGCAACCCAACUGGAACUAGUCCAGCCUUUAGUUCCAUCCGCUGGACCCACUUGCUGCCUUCUAGGUGUACUAGGUCCCACUUAUACCGUAGGAGGUAUAAGAGCAUUACGAGCUUCUAUUCUACAGCCUUCAUGUAAUAAAGAGUUCAUUGAAGCAAGGCUGGAUGCUAUACAAGAUCUGAUCGAAAAUGAUUCGGGACUUAUGGUUGAUUUGCAGGACGUGAUAAAGAAAUUAUCAGACAUAGAUAAAAUAUUACUACUAUGCAUGGAGUCAACAAACCAGAAUAUGGACAAGGUUGGUGAGGCCCAAUUGAACCAGACACUCCUGCUGAAGGUCACGAUGGAUGUCAUACCAAAGUUAUCAGAAGCGUUGAACGGAGCCGUCAGUGGCAGAUUGAGGAAAAUCAAAAUGGAUUUUGAAAAUCCGCACUACAAUAAAAUAACAGAGAGCAUCAAAAGAAUAAUCCAAGACGAUGCUCACUUAGAAAAAGGAGCCAUGGGCAGUCUACAGAGAUGUUUCGCAGUCAAACCAGAUAUCAACGGCCUGCUAGAUGUAGCCAGAAGAACUUAUUCAGAACUCAUAGAAGACAUACAGAAGAUUGUAGAGCAACUUAGUGAAACCUAUGAUCUACCUUUGAGGUUAAAUCAAAAUGUUAUGAAAGGCUUCCAUAUAGUUCUGCCUUUGGCUCCGAAGAAUAGAAGGUGCUUUAAUAUAGAUGACUUGCCGCCCAUAUUUAUACAGGUUCAUUACAGCGGAGCCAGUGUAUCAAUGUCUACAGAAGAAUUAGUUGUAUUAAACCAACAAGCAAAAGAAUCCUUGAACGAAAUACAGAAAAUGAGUAACAUAGUAAUUUCUACGUUACUGAAAGAACUGCGUCCUUUCAUGGCAAGUCUCUAUACACUUUGUGAAAAUGUUGCGGAGUUGGAUGUUCUAUUGGCUUUGGCUCAAGCAAGUUCGAUUGGUUCGUACAUAAGGCCAGAUUUCAACAGCUUUACAGAAAUAAGGAAUAGUGUUCAUCCUCUAUUAGAUUACAACAGUCAAGUCCUUCCGGUUCCGAAUGAUAUUUAUGCAACGCCUGAACAUAAUUUUACAAUAAUCACUGGACCAAAUAUGGGUGGCAAAAGCAUUUACAUAAAGCAAGUUGCUAUUAUGCAAGUUAUGGCGCAGAUAGGUUGCUUUCUACCAGCAACGAAUGCUAUCCUUAGACUUAGCGACAGAAUAUUUUCAAGGAUCGGUUUCAAUGACAGUGUAGAGUUGAAUGCUUCUACUUAUGUUUUCGAGAUUAAAGAAACUCAGCAUAUUCUGAAAGGAAUAACGCCAACGAGCUUAGUGAUAAUAGACGAACUUUGCAGGGGGACUUGUGUGGAGGAGGGUACAGGUGUUGCUUGGGCCAUUUGCGAAGAACUUAUUAUGAGUAACGCUUUUACUUUCUUCACUACCCACUUCAUGUACCUUACGAGACUGCAGGAGCUAUACUUCAACGUCGUCAAUCGACAUACAGCUGUUACAGAAGAAGAAGUGGGCACUCCUGAAAAUCCACAAAAAAGAUUAGUAUACCAACAUAAAAUAGAACCAGGUGUAACUAACAUUGAGCAUUAUGGUCUGUCCUUAGCUGCUAAGACUAAUCUGCCCGAAGACACGGUGAAGUUAGCUAUGGAGCUUGCUGAACUAAUAUCGAAAAGCACAAACGUACAAGAAAUUAGGACUCCACAAAGAAACGACGAUGAAGUUCUAUACAACGUAAAUGCAAACAUUCAACAAGAAUGCAGGAAAAACGGUAAUUCAGAAGACAAUACCAAGAAAGUACUUCUAAAGUUCAAAGAAGAGCACCCACAAAUAUACGAAAGAUUAAAUAUUCUUAGAAAUAAUAAUAGAACUAAUAUAAGUUCCAACAGUUCUAUUGUUCCCAAUUCUAAGGAAGAAACUUCAAAAGAAUUCACAAAGGAUUCUUUUGCGAACAACAAUGUUGAGACCGCUAGAACUCCAACGAAUGAGCUAUUGGAAGUACAAGUCGAAAUUGAAAACCCAAAUUACACUUCUGUACAAUCAUCAGAACAGUUACUAAACAGUGUGAUAAAUAACGACGAAUCCGUUGAGGAAGAGGUUCAGAAUAUAAUGUCAGAUGUUGAAAUGAUGGACGAUAUAGAUGAUUUUCCAUGUGUCGAAAUAAAUAACACUAGUAAAAAUCAAAAUACUGUACACAAUAAUGAACCUACGCAAAAUAAUAUGAAUGGCAUGCAAUCAAAUGAAAAUAACGAGACUAGUUACAAUAGUGAAAAUGAUAUGAAUGAUGAAGAAAACAGCAAAAUAGAAACGUCUUCAAUUGACUCCGACAUAGCAGAAGCGUUAACUCAAAUUGUUGAAGAAUAUUCUUCAGUUAACGUUACGAAUUCCCAACGAAGUAGUGACAUAAUGUCGGUAGACGAAGAGCUAAUGAGUGAAACGAUCAAUGAAAUAAAUGAAGAAUUGUCGAAUGGGAUCAAUGGUGUCGAAAACAUUGUGUUAACGCCUCCACUAAGUUUUCGGGACUUUUAGAAUAAAUUAUUUUGCACACA